AUGACUAAAUCUCGCGCAAGCAAAUCCGAGUCGAAACUAACUUCUGGCAACCUGCCGUCAUCCGAGCCCGCCGCGGAGAUCUCAGAGGAAGACCAACAGCGAAUUAUCACUGAGUCGGGUAUCCUUAAUCGAUUGCGUGUUAGGGAGGAUGAAGACGAGUCAGUUAUUCGAAGGAGACAACAAGACGAGGAUGAGGACGAAGACAGGUUACCCCUCGCGGAAGAGGUGUUUAACGCAACGCUGUUAAUAAUCCCCAUGGCGUCUUUACUGUUUCUCAUGGAGAUACUCGUACACUGGCAGUAUGGUCGCAAACCUACCUACCGCGCUCUCGCGGAGCGCAUGCUCUCUGGAAUACCCAUUCUGUCGAUAUUCGUGUUUUACACAAACCGUUACAAGCAGCACCGCCGAUUGCAGCUGCUGCUCUUCAUCCUCUCAAUGGUUGUAGGCACACGUCUGAUAUGGCUAAUUAAUCGGGCCUCGUGGAGAGUUGUCAUGAGACAGUGUCCUCCGCUUGCGACACUUUGGGUGUACUGUGUUCUUCAGUUGGAACUAGCGCCUGCGACGCUCGGUCUCAUCGUGGUCGGCGCAUGGGUAUGGGCGAAAGACAUGAAGAUCUUUAACGUAUGA